AUGGCGCCAGCUGUGGAAAAUCCGUCUAAGGCAACCCACGAUGCCCUACGCUCCUACCGCACCGCAGAGAAGGUGAUCAAUGAGGAGUUCAAAAUAUGGAAAAAAACCAGUCCUUUAUUGUACGACUUGGUGUAUUCGUAUGCUCUUGAGUGGCCUGCUUUGACUAUUGAUUGGCUACCCGGAACCUCUACUAAUGAUGACGGAACUCUCAGUGCCCAGUUCAUCUCUGGAACACACACCUCUGGCAACGCAGAUGACUAUUUGAAGCUCUACUCGGUCGACUUACCUGCUACAUUGGCAGGUGGUGCUGCUAUUUCCAUUCCGUCUUCGCCAUCUGGCUGCAAAUUCAAGGAAGUCAAGUCCUGGAAACAUCCUGGUGAGGUUAACAAAGCCAGAUACAACCCAUUGUCGUCUACUAUCGCCACUAUGACCAAUACUGGAGCUGUGUUGUUGUAUUCUUUGGACCAAGCCCUACCCUUCAAAAAACUAGAGCAUCACACGAAAGAGGGUUAUGGCCUCGAGUGGCAUCCUUCGCGCCAGUCGUGGCUGCUGACCUCAACGGAAGACGCUAUAGUAGCCCUAUGGGAUGUUUCCUCGGCCUCUGAUAAGCCAUCUCAUGUGAUUGACUCACACACUGCCUCCGUCAACGAUUUGUCGUGGAACCCGCAAAUCCCAGACGUUUUCGCAAGUGUUUCGGACUCUUCUCACCUCCACCUCCAUGACCUGCGCUCAUCUUCUUUAUCGAAACCUAUCGUGGACGUUCAGGCCCAUGAUGGCGCAGUUAACUGUGUUUCAUUCCAUCCUGAAUUAUCCAACUUCUUGGUGACGGCCGGAGCCGAUGCGGUUGUGAAUGCCUGGGAUCUUAGAAAUCCUGCGACCCCAGUGCGGUCUCUAAGUGGUCAUUCAGCUCCGGUUACCCAAUUGGCUUUCAAGCCUAAUUCCUCAUAUCUGGCAUCCGCUGGAUCAGAUCGCCGGGUCUUGGUGUGGGAUUUCAGUUUGCUAGCACCUGGUGAUGAUUCCGAUGAGGACCAUCCUCCCGAACUGGUGUUCGUUCACGGAGGUCACACUACGCGUCUUGGAGAGUGCGCAUGGCACCCAGAUCUUUCCAAUGUGAUCGCCAGUGUUGCUGAAGAUGGUCUGGUGGAUGUGUGGAGACCACAUUUUGCUGAUGAUGAAAGUGAGAAGGAGAGCGAUGUUGAGAUGGAGGAGUAG